GUAGCUCCAGAUUUCUUUCACUGAUUUUCGAGCGACUUUUGGCCAAAAGUAGUCUUGUUAUAUAUCAUUCGACUCCUGAGACCACGCUGAGCAAGAUUUAGAGAUAAAUAAACUAAACAAACUUCGAUAGUUCGGUGUUCUAGCACGAAAAUGUGCUUGUGUGUUGAAUCAAGUUUUUUAUAUCAUUUCCAGAGACUUAUUCAGGAGUUCUAUGGUGCAUGAGUGUGCGUGCUUGAGUUUUAUUUCAGAUAUGAUGACUGCUACAUGGAAGAUCAAACAAGUUGAAUAUGAUAAACGAAGACAUAAAAAAAUGAAAAUGAAGAGAUCAUUAGAUAAAACAUUUGAUAAAGAAUGUAAACAAAAACAAGCUCUGAAACAAAGAAAACGUCGUAAUAAUUUAAAGCAACAACAGCAAAGCACACUAACAGUCACUCUUCCGCCAGUGUCAACUCCUACAACAACGAAAAGUGAUUUAUGAAAGAAAGAAGGUCUGCAACGAAGAAGAUCAAAUGCUCUAAAAUUGAAAAACGAAAAUGCGAAUCUAUGUGAAAGUGUUCGACAGUUAACAAUGGCAAAUAAACAGCUCAGAGAUUCUCAAUAACAGAUACCUCCACGUCCGUCACCAAAUAGAAUCUUGUUAGAUAAUAUCAGUUCAUCGUCAAAGAUCAGAAGGAGCAUCUACCGCGUGGUUCUGUAGAAGAUUUUUGCCAAAAAUUGGCAAUUUAUCUAUCUAAUUCCAAUGCUUCGAAGAAAAAAACACAAUCCCUACUUCGAGAUUCCAUUGAACAAUUUCUUUGUCAAGAUCAUAUUUCAAAAUUAUGUCCUGACAAGAAUAAAAUAGUUGCUGAUCAUCAAGUUCGUUAUUGUCUCAAUCAUCUUUCAACAUUACAUCAAAUGUUUGAAUACGACACAGAUAUAGUUAUGGAUUAUCAUAAAUUUAUUCCAUACGUGCCAGAUUAUAUUCAGAAAACGACUCAUGAGAGUUCGAAACGUGUUUGUGUCCAGCCUGUUUAAAUCCACAAAUGAAAUUUGAAAAAUUGAAACAAUUAAAAUAAAAACAUCCUUGUGUUCAACCUGUCAUUACGUAGGAUAUCUUAGAUCAAAAUUCGACUAUUUCUCGAAAGGAUUUGCUCCAAAGAACUUUCCAAGUACAUCUCAACAAGCUCUAUCCAGGUAAAAUAUCCGUUCUGCUCGAACUCAACCUCAGAUGACAAAAAACCCCAGAUACCAUCAAAAAACCUUACGAAAUGCAGCCAAUUCUCGAAAAACGUGUCUUGAUUCGACCAGAAAAACUUUUCAACUAAACCAUCCAUUUUUUCGAGUAGAUCUCGACAAGCUCUAUAGAAUGCACACCUUUCCAGCUGGAUCUGACGCAGCACACCCCUCAAAAUGGCCAAUCCAGGGUCCAAUUCCUAGAUUUUUGCGGGAGAACCUGUGAGAAUUUGCACAGAAGAACUUUCCGAGUACAGCUCGAUGAGUUCUAUCGAAUGAACACCAUCUUAGAGUGGAAAGGCGUAUUUCUCUAUUUCCGUAUUUCUAUGUAUUUCCACGUAUUUCUAGGUAUUUCCAGGUAUCUCUACCCACAGUACGUAGAAAUACCUGGAAAUGCUUAAAAAUACCUAGAAAUAGUUAGAAAUACCUGGAAAUACUUAGAAAUACGCUUUUUCCUCCUUGAGUUGACUUCAUAUACAUUUACAUCCAGAUGUACUUGUAUACAUAUUAGUGGCGGAACGAAGAUUUCGGUCUGAAGGAAAUUGAGUUCUCUAUUCAUUAUCCUUUGGUACUUGUCUCACUAAUCGAGUUUCUUGAAUCCAUUCUUUCCAGAUUCUUAUUUUUCUUGAUAACCAGACAAGAUUCUUUUAAUAUACCGUAUAUAUUUUGUUAUCUUUAUUUAUCGAUAGACAGAAAAUGAAAAAGAACCUGAAAGAGAUCAACUGAUAUAGAUUAGCACAGAAUCUUCACAGAUGCUUAAUUCUUUGUUUAAAAAAAAAUAGAAAAAGAUAUAAAUUUCAAAAUGAGAAAUGUUGUUUUUAAUGAUAUUUUAGAGUAUUGCCUGUUUUUAUUAGCUCGUUCAAGCUUCAAAAUUUAUAUAUAUUUUUUUAAAAUAACGUUCCAUUUUGAUAAUGAAAAUAAUCUUGAUGAAUAUUUUAAUGUAUCAGAAUCAGAAUAUUAUUCAAAUAUAAUCAUAAUGCAACAAAAAACAGUUUAAUAGAAUUCAGUUUAUUUAGAUAAAUAAACGUGUACAUAAAAAAAACACAGUCUAUUAAUUAGUUAAAUAAUUUGUCUUUCAACAUUCAUAACAAAAUUUGUUAUGAAAACAUCGAGUUGUACCAUUCAAUGGCUCAACACAAUUCUCAAAUACAGCUGGAUUGUUGUUGUCAAAUUGGAUUUACGUUGAUUGUAAAUAUAAUUGAUUCUAACGAUAAAUGUAUAUUGAAAACAAUGGUGAUGCUUGAUAAUUUUUUUUUGUAUCUGUUUAGUCUAAAUUUUUAAUAAAAAGAAAAAUAUUUGUAAAAAAUAAUCAAAUAUAAUAUUUUUGAAUUUUUUUCCUUUGUUUAUCUUUCCAACAUAUGUGUUAUAAACGAAUCUAGAAUACAAAAAAAAACAUUGUUUUUUACAAUCAAGCUCAUCUUGAGUUUUACAUUCAAUGAUACCUAUUGGAGUUUCAAAUAGCAACGAUUGAUCAUCUCUUUUAAUUGCAGUUUUUAUUUUACAUGAACGUUAUUUUUGUUUAUGUCUGAAUUUGUUAAACGACAAGUUAAAGAAUUAAAUGUAUUGCAACUAUUGAAUAAAAAAAUUGAAAUCUAUAUUCAAAUAAAAUACAAAUGAAAAGUUAUUUAUUUGAAGUUGCCUAUAAAGAUUUUCUGAGAUAAAACUGUCCAUUAAAUAUAACCUGUAUAAGUGUUGAAAGUCGAAUCAAAUAAAGAAUUAUGUCCUUUUUUUUUAAAUUAUCAAUAUUUAGAUGUUGUUCUUUCAAUAUGAUAAUACCUGCCAGUACGAUUCUGACGCGAUUGAAAUACGAAAAACGAUGGGAUUUCUUUUAUGAUCAACAAUAAGAGAAGAGAAUUCGCUGUAUGUUUUUUUUUAUUUAUCAGUUCUUUGUUCUUAGUCACUGCAUGCUCCUGACCAAACGACGAGAUUAAUUUUAAUGUAUCAAUUCAUACGGAAAAGAAUUAAACAAACAAUCAUUUGAAGUAGCUUAACUUAUUGUGUGACAGAACGAAGAAAAAGUGACCUUCGUGGGACUCGAACCCACACCUUCGGCUAUCCUGGUAGAUGUCCUAACCAGUUGGACUACUUUUAGCGUCAGUAUGUUUCAUCACUGAUGCUAACAAAAAACAUCAUUGUAAAAAAUAAAAAUAUUUUAUCUGUUGAUCUUUACGAUUAAAUAGUUAUAUUCAAUAUAAAUAAACAAAUAUUAAACUAUUUUUCAAAUAUGAUUCAUGUAUCAAAUCAAGUCAAAGAACAAAUCAUCUUUAGACUGAAUUUUGUGUAGUCCAAAUUUAAACAGUCUAUCACUUCUCUUCUCUUGAUCCGUGGUCUGGUGCAACGGAUUGGUGUAAGAACAUGAAUUUGUUUCUCAGCUACACUUGGUAAUUACACACCUAAUUGGAAGCUAUAUUCUAAUUAAUUCGAACAUAAAAACCAUUAACUAAGAUAUGUGUAAAAGGGUUUUGGGUUAUAUAAUUAAAAUUAAUAUAGAUGUCGCUAGUUCUGUAUGAGUUACUGAGAAGGCUUAACAUGGUAGCGAUAUAUGGAAUGACUAUCGUUUAUGCAGGCUAUUCCUUGUGGUUUAUUGUCUUAAAAUGAACUUUGAUCCUUGAGAAGUUUUCGCAUCUUGUUGCUUACGGUACAGCUGUAGUUGGCCUUUUACCAACCAGUUUGCUUUCCAUUGUAAUUUAUACAUAAUUUUAAACAAAAUUUCAUAAUGUAAUACAAUUCUCUUUUCUAUUUCAUUUGAAAUCCCAUGUGAUUUUUUCCGUAUUCAACUCUCGUUUCAUAGCGUUAUAAUUUCACUGAAAGUUUUGGAUAUGAAUCCUGGUAUUCAAUCUUACAAAAUCAUAGAUCAGUUCUUCCUCUCUGUGAACACAUCUUUUGUUGGUAAAAUUUUUUUUUCGAUUAGAGAGUAAUGAAAAUCUAACUGUUUAAAAAAUGUAUUAUAAAAAUUAAAGGGAAGAUGGUCUGCAACGAUUUAUUUUAAACUCUAGGAAAAAAUUCAACGAUGUAAAAAAGAACAAUAAUGCCACGCAAACAGUGUCAUAUUCUUUCUGAUACUUGCUCUUUCUUUAACACACGUUACGCUUUGCAUAACCUCAACUAUGAUGAGUCUAUUAUACAAAAAAAAGAUAAACCCAAUAUAUCUGUUUUUUCUUAUCAAAAAAUUGAAAUUGCAUUAUAUUGAAAUUAGAUUUAAUAUACAGAAAGCGUGUGUAUUUCUUAAUGCAUAAGUGUGUUGAAUCAUCGCAGUUUUAGAAUUGACGGCUGAGUCAUCGAACACUAGGCCACGGAUCAUCUUUGGUUUUAUUCAAGAACUAAGUAAUCAAAGAAGGGUGAAGGAUAUUUAUGAAAUUACUGUCUAAUGAGCCAUAUCAAGAUUAUUUAAGCCAAUUAUAUGAUCGUAUCGAUAUGAAAUGAGUAAUAAAACUAAACCAUGGCCCUUCGAAAAUCCAAAUUUUAAAAACCAGAAUUAGUUCAAAGAAAACAAUAGUAGCUGGGCAAGAGAUUUUACCAAAGAGUCAACAAGAAAAACGAAGAAAAGUUUAUUAUAGUCAAUAACUGAUUCGUUGCCUUCUUUAGAAGGAAAUUUAAAUUUUCGCACAGAUAAGUGCUUACUAGGGUGUGGGUGUGGGUUAAUCUUGUCUUCAUCUACACUCGAGCCCAAACUCACACAUCCACCCACACCCAUUCUGGACAAUAAUUCAAAUGUAUACUUAUAUUAUUGGUGGCUUGAUUUUAUUUAAACAAUUUCAAAUUGGCAAUCUGUAUAUAUAGAUAAAUCUUUUUUUCUUUUUAAAUAUAAAUUAAUUUAAAAAUUAAAAGAUUGAAUAUAGUAAUCAAGGACAUUUAUUAUCAAUAUCAUAUGAUUUUACUCCUCAAUUUCGUCAUCAUAAUGAUUACAAUCAAUUUACAGAUAUACGUACUAAUGGCAAAAAUGGAUCAAUUCAUUUAAUUAAUUUAACAUUAAAUAAUUCAAUGAAUAACACAGAUUAUUCCAACAAUAUAUCAUAUAUGAAUGUUCAUCAACGAGUUAACACCAAAGUAUGA